AUGGCAACUCUUAUCGACGAAAUUAAAAAACAGUUAGAAAAGGCAGAUAAAGAACAUCAAGAAGCCAAGGAUAAAUUAAAGGAAUUUAAAGAUGGGGAAAAUGGCAGAAACUUGACCAAGAAGACAAGAAGGAAAAAAGAAAAAGAGUUAACGAAGAAAGUGGAAGAUAGGUUAAAGUAG